AUGGCCACGGCGACGUGUCCAGGUGAAGAUGGCCCGGCCUCUCUGCCCCAGCCGUCCCCGGAUGUCUCCCGUCUGGAGAUCCAAGGGGCCUGGAGUGGUGACCCCAAGGAGCCCGUGCACCUCAAGAUAUCUAUGGUGGCCAUGUGUGUACCAAACUCUCGGCUACAGCUUCUUAGUCUCAAGUCUCCAAGCGUGUCUCUUGUGAAUACCCAUCUAGUCCGGAGCGAGUCCAGUGAAUCGAGUCAAGGCAAUCACUGGGACUCAACUUCCCCCCACAGCCCUCUGUUUGCUUUCUCGCCUUCAGCAUCCGGUGACCCCGAUUUGAUAUCUCCUAUGAAUGCUGUUGGCAGCUCCCAUGGAUCCACUGUCGCGGAUACUGGAAUCUCUGCCGCAACCCAUGACGCGUUACCCGCAGCUCAAUCCAGCCCGGAGGGUCGAUCCGAGCACUCGAUUCCACCCUCUAGCCUGCACUCGCCAUUCACACCGGGCUUACAUAUUCACUCUUCCAAAUAUAAGACGUGGAUGAAUCUGCAGAGUCUUGGGAAGCGAAGUGCCGCAGCCGCUUGCCUGACGGAUUCCGAGUGUGGUUCAGAUCAUGAGAAACCAAACAAGAAGGAGCAGGAGCUCGAUCCGUUCAGCGACGCAGCCCCCACCAACCCUGAAUGUACUUCUGAGCCACGGACGAUCUUGAAAGGAUCUAGUAAAGCCCCGUCGGUGAUAUCUACACUUUUGACCAAUAAUCCGAGUAUGCUUGGCUUGAUCCCGAAGCCUGUGACUCGGUCAGAGCAAUCACCAAAGGAGGUGGUUUCAGAUUUGACUUCCAGGGAUAAUGCUGUUCUCACAUCAUCAACACCGCAGUUGAGCAUCAGUGAUGGAGAGUUACGCGCUGCUGGGGACCCAGUAUUUCCUGAGCCUACCUGCGACCUACCAGUGGCUAUGACGCCUCGCAACCCGGCUACUGGCAUCCAACCAACCUCUGAGAGUACACCAUCUCCCGAGCAUGCGGACGAGGUUACUCCCAAACCAUCAAACCGCAUACAUGAGCACUCCCCUGCGGCAGAGUCGGUGCCUAUGCUCUCGACGAGUAAUUUGGGCAGCACUUCCAGUCGCUCACAUGUCGGUCUCGACACUAGCAACCCCAAGAAGAAGACUACCACUGGCGAAAACAUCCUGGCUGCAAGUCUUGGUACCCCAAGGCAGCGCCUAAAGAUCACCAUACCACCAAGUACACCAGUGGGAUUCGCUUGCAGGCAAGAGACUUCCACAUGUUUGAGCAAUCAGUCAACCCACUCCCAAAAAUUCUCCGAGCCUCGAUUCAAACUCUCCCAGGGGAUCUUGUCAGUGAAAUGCCCUUCAAAUAUUCAAUCGGCCCUGUACAAGCUGGUCGUCACCAUAUCUGUCUACUUGCGACAAGACAAGCCGAAGGAGUGGAAUGAAUUGGUGAUACGAGGGCUUCCCCAAAUGGACAUUGCCGAGAGCGGGUUCCUGCUUUUCCGCAUCCCGGAAAGCUGCGGUCUCGAGUUCCGUACGACACAGCUUCGGCGACACAAGAUCGUGGAGAACUGUUUCUUUGCCGAAUUCGGUCACACAGCAGAACUUCGGCUUCCAAUUCGCAGGUGCAGCAAGAGUUUCUACGGCGAUGUCAAAGACUUCACGCUGAACCAAGAAGUCAGGUUCAAUCAUAUGGCGAUCCCUGGUACAGGAAUGCUUUGGGUGAAAUACGACAUGGUUUGCUCGAUCAGGCUUUACAACCGUUGCUUCUGGGCCGAAAAAUGUCGUGUAUCCCUUAUCGUCGAUGGGGCGCCAGAGCACUCUUUCCUAUAUGAGCUCAAUGCGGCUGAUUCUGAGGAUGCUACUCUACAUAGAAUAUCUCUCGACGCGAAUGAGGAUACCCCCAUUGGUUCUUGCAACAUUCAGAUUGUUUGCCCCCCAAAGAACCUGGACUUGUUCUGCCUGAGCUGGAUGGUGAAGCUUCCCUUCCACCAGGCAACUGGAUGGCUUCCAAAGGUCUAUCCAGCGCAGUCUCGUACCUGGGAGCAUAAUAAGUCCCAACUUCGACAUCCGCUUGGAGAUUUCGAAUGUAAAUCCGAGCGAUCUCCUUGCACUAUUGAAGAAAGGAUCUCAAGAGACGAAAAAGAGCCCAAGAACGAAAUCAUUACUGAGGGUGCUACGGCUGGUCUUGAAGGUUCUGUUCCGCUCGCAACUGACCAUGAGGCGUUGAGUGAAAGUCUGCCGACUAAUGACGGUCAGGAAUGGGGGCGUCUCGCACUGGCGAUGAUGUCCGGGCUGGCCUGCUUCAUUUACUUAAUGACCUGGGUUUACUCGAUGAUCUGGGCGAGUAAUGCUUCACUCACCACUGUGACUUGGCCACACAAAGCAACAUUUACUGUCAUCUUCCAAGGGGCGGACGUCCCGCGUAUGAUUCAGAGUGGGAUGGCGCCUUGGCCCAGUUACACCGGGCAAUUGGCUGAAAUACGGGGUAGUGAAGUCGAAGUCGUCCUUGAGCCUACUCAGGAGUUCUUUGCCGCUUCUGCAGAUUCAAACGAACGGGAGUCGAUUAUUGGUGUUGAGCCCACAUCCACUACAGCAGACUUUGGACCUGAGUGGCCAGUGGCAGAGGAAGUACCUAACGUCGAUGCACCGCGUGCGAAGCAACCCCUGGGCUUCCGAGACAGGGUCGAUUACUGGCUUGGAUGGCGAGGGCCUGUUGGUAACGACCACGACGGGGUGUAUCGCUAAGCGGCGUAAGAAUGCCGGUCAGCUAGUAAGACAGCAAUUCUGGGAAACAGACGGGUAGGA